UAAUCUGCUCUCUUCUUAUUUAAAUUCCCUGCUUUCUCUUCCCUCAAGCACACAAUUUUCAGGCUCGCUUGAAAAUAUCUUUCUAGCCUGUCUUCAUUGAUUUUAUCUCAUUGCUUCUCAGCGUUCAAUUUCAUCUAAUCCCAUGGCUUCAAUUUCUAUCACCUCUUAUCCAACAGAGAGGGAGCCUGCAAGCGCUUGCCAAGGAGUGGCGACGUCUUCAUCUUCUUCUCCAUCAUCAUCUCAAAGCUUGUUUUCGUGCUGCUUUGAUUGGGUUUCUCCCUUUCUGUCACGGCGCUCAAUGGAAUCCAAUUCCAUGGAAUCUACUUCAGGUGCCACUGUCUGUAUCCCAGAGAAUGAGGGUACUAUGGGUGCUUUCCAAGAAAUCGCACCAUAUGCAUCUACUUCAGGUACAUCCUCAAUACCCAUCCAAAAGCCCUGUUUUGAUGUCUUCAUUAAUCAUCGUGGGCCAGAUGUCAAAAAAACGUUAGCCACCAGAAUCUAUGAUAUCCUCCAUGACAUGAAGGUCACAGCUUUUCUGGAUUCAAAGGAGUUGGAAUAUGGGGAUUUCUUGCCUACAGCAAUAGAAGCAGCAAUCCGGGGAGCUAAUCUUCAUGUAGCAAUUUUUUCAGUGCACUAUGCAGAAUCACCUUGGUGUUUGGAAGAGCUGUCAUUAAUGGUUAAAAGUGGCGUCAAAAUUGUUCCCAUUUUCUACUAUGUAGAGCCUUCUGAUCUCAGAUAUGUUGCUCAGGGGAAAGGAAAGUACGUUGCUGCAUUUAACAAGCAUGAAAAGAAGUGUAGAUAUAGGCCAGAAAAGCUUCAGGAAUGGAAAAGGGCACUCUCUGACGUUUCAUUUUACAGUGGCCAAAUCAUAAAAAAUAAUGGUGAUGAGAUGAGGCUGUUCAAGAAUAUCGUGAAUAUUGUACUAAAAGAAAUACAGCAUGUGCCCUUAAUGGUUGCAAAGCACCCAAUAGGUCUCAAUGAAGCAGUGGAAGACUUUGAAAAUACACUCGAACUUGUCUCAGGUGAUGAGGGUGUACAAAUUGUGGGUAUUUGGGGCAUGGGUGGUUCUGGCAAGACCACACUUGCCAAAGAAUUAUACAAUAGAAGAUCCUCAUCCAUGGAGAGGUCUUGCUUUAUUUUUGAUAUUAGAGAAGCCAAGGGUGUGUUGCAGAAGAAGCAGAGUGAACUCCUCAAAGGUCUGGGUGUGAAUGAACCAGUUGCUAAUAUAGAGCAAGGUAAGGCAAUUCUUGCAAGGCUUUUGAGAUCUUUUAGGGUUCUCAUUGUUAUGGAUGAUGUGGAUCAUGUGGAUCAAUUGGAUGCACUCUUACCUGUAAAAGACAGUCUUGAAAGGGGUAGUCUCAUCAUUAUUACAACACGGGAAUGUGAAGUACUUACAUCUUGGGGCAUACACUCCAUAUAUAAAAUGAAAGCACUAGAUCCAAUUAACGCAGAACAACUUUUUUGUUGGCAUGCAUUCUUACAUCCCUCUCCCCUUCCUGGAUUUGUUAAGCUUGUUAACAAGUUUGUAGAGGCCUGUGAUGGAUUGCCCCUGUCUCUCAAGGUAUUUGGAGGACAGUUAUAUGCAAGGUCAAACAAAAAAUAUUGGGAGUCUUUGUUUCAUAAGAUAUCAAGAAUAUUGUCUAAUGAUAUCAAAGAGAAACUCAAAGUAAGUUAUGAUGCUCUUGAUGAUGAAGAAAAAGAGGCAUUCCUUGAUACAGCAUGUUUUUUUAUUAGAGAGCAGAGCAGUUUGGCAAUUGAAGUCUGGGAUGGAUCAGGGUGGAGCGGUCUAUACACUUGGGAAAGGCUUCUAAAUAAGUGUUUGGUAGAGGUUGACGAUGACAAUCGUGUAAGAAUGCAUGAUCACUUGAGAGAUUUAGGAAGGGACAUUGCAAGUCAACAUUCACCCUCCCGAUAUUGGUUAUCCCAGCAGAUUAUUAAUUCUGGCAAACAAAUAGAGAAAACAAAUUGUAUUCGAGGAAUUAAGAAUGCCUGGACAAGAAGAGAAGAGCGGUUGUCAAAUGAAGAACACUUAAGUGGGGGAAUUUUGUUUCUGAGACCCUCUUUGGUUGGACUGAAGCUUUUGGUGAUUGAAGGAGAUUAUUUUAAUCAAAUAAUCGAUGAGGCACCAAGAGAGCUGCUUUGGCUUCGGUUGUAUGAUAUUAGACAGAGAAAUCUUCGGGCACCACUUUCAUUGAAAAAUUUGAGGGUUUUAGAACUAUAUUAUGGACAGAAUUCCUUCGAAGAAUUAUGGGAGGCUGAGAGCGAUGCUCCCGUGCAGUUAAGAGAGUUGUCUAUUGAUGGUUGCCACAAACUCCGAAGAUUCCCAAAUUCCAUAGGGUGUCUCAAUGUGUUGAAAAAGAUGGUAAUCCGAUUUUGCACGAAUAUAGAGAGUCUGCCAGAAGAAUUUUGUCGUCUGCAAUUGUUGGAGCACCUCGAAUUAUGUGGUUGUGAAAAGCUGUCAUCACUACCCAGCAGUUUCGGCGAUUUGACAAAUCUGCGGUAUUUAGAUUUGUCCUGGUGCAGUAAGUUGAGGGAAUUACCAGUUUCUUUUAAGAAGUUGAUUCUCCUGCAAUCUAUCAGUUUACACGGGUGUGAAGAGCUCAUGCUUAGGUCAGAUGAUUUCCAAAACAUUACAAAGCUGGUGUUUUUGAACCUUUCUGGGUGCGAGCAAUUGGAGGAGCUGCCUCGUGAUGUCACAAAUCAGGUUUAUUUGAGAGAGCUCCAUUUAGAUGGUGCGAAGAGGUUGAGGGAGCUACCAAUUCAAAUCGGUGAACUAAGCAGACUGCGAAAGAUGAAGAUAGGCAGUGAGUUGUUGAUAGGUUUUCCAAACUCUCUUGGAGAUCUGUCCUCGUUAACACAUCUUAUAAUUAGUUGUCCCAGCGUAGAAUCUUUGCCGACUUCUCUUGGAAACUUGUCCUCCUUAACAGAU